UAUAAAAUAAGCGUAAGAGAGACGGAAAGGCGUGCCUCCCAUCAUCUUCCAGACAAAAAGUAGUACGCUUUCCCACAAAACUAAAAUUUAAAAGGGUUUGAGAAAUAAAUACAGAAACUCGCCGGUGAAAACAAGGAGAGGAACUCGCCGGAGAAACCGCUAAUCUUCUCAUCGAUGAUCUCGUCAUCUUACUACACAUAUAAUAAAUUCAAAAGCUUGCCCUUCACUCGAUGGUUCUGGGUUUCUGACUGAUCCUAGGGUUUAUCUAACAUCUUUGUUUUUCUGUAUUUCAAUUGGUCGUAGAUAUACACAUACACUGCCUUCGAAACCGGCGGUGGUCGGGUUUUGCUAAUGGAUGGUAGUAUGACUGACCCACCGUUAGUAGAUGCCAAGGAGAACAAAUUCUUAAAGGGUACUUUCGCUGUUGUCGGAAUUAUGUCUACUCUCGUCAUCUAUGGUGUCUUACAGGAGAAGAUUAUGAGAGUUCCAUAUGGUCCAAACCAUGAAUUCUUCAAACAUUCGUUAUUUCUUGUUUUCUGUAACCGCAUUACCACAUCUGCAGUAUCUGCAGUUUUUUUACUGACAAGUAAAAAAGCUUUGGAUCCUGUUGCUCCAGUUUACAAGUACUGUAUUGUAUCAAUAUCUAACAUACUAACUACAACAUGUCAAUAUGAGGCUCUUAAAUAUGUUAGCUUUCCUGUUCAGACCCUGGCUAAGUGUGCCAAAAUGAUACCAGUAAUGAUUUGGGGCACAUUAAUUAUGCAAAAGAAGUACAAAGGGCCAGAUUAUUUUUUGGCUGUACUAGUUACCCUUGGAUGUUCACUAUUUAUUCUAUUCCCAGGAGCAAGUGAGUUAACUCCUUACCAUAAAGGAAGGGAAAGCACAGUGUGGGGAGUGUCCCUGAUGAUUGGUUAUCUCGGGUUUGAUGGGUUUACUAGCACAUUUCAAGAUAAAUUAUUUAAAGGAUAUGAUAUGGGAAUUUAUAAUCAAAUUUUCUACACCACACUCUGUUCUUGCAUACUCAGCUUAACUGGUUUAAUCUUGCAGGGAAAUCUUCUCAUGGCAAUGGAUUUUGUUUCUCGCCACAAGGAUUGUUUCUUUGAUGUUGCAUUGCUUUCAACUGUUGCAACAGCAAGUCAAUUCUUUAUAUCUUACACAAUUCGCACAUUUGGAGCUCUUACAUUUGCCACUAUAAUGACCACUAGACAAUUAGUGAGCAUUCUGCUAUCCUGUGUGUGGUUUGGCCACCCCCUUAGUGUGGAACAAUGCAUUGGAGCUGUUAUUGUUUUUGGGUCUCUUUAUGCGAGGGGUUUCUUGAAAAAAACUCCUGAGAAACCGUUGCCCUCAUUACACAAGUCAGAUGAAGAAGAAGCAAGUGUUCCAUUGAAGGGAUACGGUAUGUUUGGCAAUAUUAAUCGGAAGUUGGAAAUGGGAAGCCGGAAGUUGGAAAGCUGGUAGCUGAAGCUGUAACUUUUAUCUGUGUAGAAGUGUUCAACAAUAGUACUUGUACACGUUUAAAAUGUGUAAAGGCUUUAAGCAAUGCGUAGCAGCGAGAGUUUAAACAAUACUUUUUAUGAUAUACUACGCUU